GUUGACGUUGUUUACCUUUUGAAAAACAAACUCAACAGUUCGGAAAGCCCUUUGAAUAUCACAUUGACGAUGCAGAACGGCCUAACGGAGCAUUUCACUCAUAAUGAAGCUUCAAAGAAAGGUGCUGCCACCUGGCAAGUUGCUAGGUUUGAAAAUCCGCAACCUCGAUUCAAGGGAAACAUGACGAUCAGGUUGAACGUUGGAUCGAAAGACCUGGAAAUUGGCGGAGUUAAAUUCUGCACAGGAGGAGACUUGAUGGUCAUUCCCAAGGACCACGGUGAACAGUAUAACUGUCAGAUAUUGUCUGAUCAACCCCCAAAAACAAUUAUAGAUGAUAUUAAAAAAGUGGCUGUUAGUUGGAAAAUUUGCGAACGACUCGGCAAAAAAGACUGUUCAGAGCUGAGAGCGGGACGGCAUUGCUUUGGAGGCUAUUCAGGCGAAAAAUGCCAGACACGCUGUUCCGGAAAUAGUUUUGGAAUGGAUUGUGCAGAAAAUUACCCAGCCGGCCGAUGUGUCAACGACGAAUUCAGCCGGAAAGACGGAUCGUGCAAUCUUGCUUGUGGAAAUAGGACGUUUAGCUUUCCUUUUUGCACCACUCCAAUUAGAAAGGUGGACCCUGUUGUUGUCAGCGUCUCGAGAACAGCCAUUAAAUUGAGGAUGCCGGACAGCAGCCAGCUCACUGGUCACGACCACAUCGCCGUGCAGUACAGAGAAAUUAACGGAGGACUGUUUUGGCACACCAAGGUUCAUAAAGAGACGGACGGUGAAUUUGUUGUACUGGAUAAUCUUACUCCCAACACGGACUACGAGAUCGCUUUCGUUGUGUACGAACACAAUUGGGAACUAUACCUGCAAAGUUUGAUUCCUAGCCAAUUUGUCGCUGUUAGAACUUGCAGGCCGAUUGAUGGCUCCAAUCUCGAGAUCCAAAUCGAUGAUUCAGGCGCAGCUCUGAUUUCUGCUGCAAUUGAAGAGGAUCACUGCCAGCUGCACGCUUUAUAUCUAUUCCGUACAACUGAUAUUGAAAAAAGAAGGGAUCAGUUCCAGGAAAAGUUUUCCCUGAAGAACAAAACGAACUACCAGCAUAAACUGAAUUCAUGCGAAUCUGGUUCUUACUACGACGUGAUGCUCUUGGAUGUUAACGAAAACGAGGUUGACGCCAGACUCAACUGCACGUCUGAAGACCAUUUCACAGUUUUAUCACCGCCCAAAAAUCCUCUGGUUCCUAACCGAUGCAGACCGAUCAAUGAGUCGUUGGUUCAAAUCACCAUCAAGGAUCCAUUUAAAGUGUUCAUCGGCACUAACACAAGCGCCACGGACAGUAGAAAAGUAUGCGCGCCCAAAUUAAUGAGAGUUUCACGAUCAACGUCUAGAAAAAUCCUUAUCACAAAGCAAGUGGCCGCUUUCGGGUACGAAAUAGAUUUCGGAGAUUGCAACAUUGGCUCCAAAUAUGACGUCACGCUGGUUGACCAGAAAGAAAACGAGUUGACGGUCAAACAUGCGUGCUGGACACUCGAGCACAGGGCCUUUCGAGAAGUUGCCCCAACGAUCGGGAAAGUGGGAGCCAGGAAAAUUGAGCUGGACAUGGAGCAGAGUCUUAGUGGAAUCGUCCAUUACAAACAAAUCCAUGUCCACUUCCGUGAGAAGGUAUUUUUUCUAUUUUUCAAGAACGAGUAGGUUGAGAAAAAUAUUUCAGGAAAAUAUUGGCAAGUGGAAGAGCGUGACUUACAAGAAAUCUAUGGGUAGAUAUCUCACUGUGGAUUCGCUCAAGCCUGGAACGUCUUACUUAAUCCGUUUUGAGUGGAGUUCGCCAAACCACCCCUCAAUCGAGGCCAAAACCAUAGAGCAGGAGACGAGACCCUGCAUCGCAAUUGAUAAAAACACGGUGGAGAUGAAAUUCGAGGCGCCAUUAACCGCAGUGGCAAAUUGGCGGCCGAAUGCUCUGCAUCAGCUGGAGGAGUUGUGCCACUGGCAGAGGAUUACGGUGACCUCGGGUAAAAAGACCCUACUAAACAUCAGGGUAUUUGAACCGUCGCUCAGGUGGGACCUUUCUCCGUGCGAACCCGGCCGUGAAUUCGUCUUCAGACUGCAAGACGAGCAGGGAAACUCAAUUCAGACGAACGGCACGUGCUCGCUGCCCAGCCACGAAAGAGACGCGAAAUUCUCCUCAACCUCCCGCUGGGCUAACCUGACGCCAAAGGCCGUUUUUGGCACGCUCCUGAUUUUCGCAUUUAUCUAUUCCCUCUUCUACUGCGCGCAUAGAAUGGCAAUAUGUGCUUCUUGCUGCUUCUCUCCUUGAUUGCAAGAAAAAUAUUUUCAUUUUUUUAAUAAUCGUGGAAGA